UUCAUCACUACAACUUUAAGGAGUGGGACAUGCUCUUUUCUGCAGGAAAUCACAUGGAGGUGAUAUCGCACUCACAUGACAUCUGAACCAUGGCAGCGGACAUCAAUGAAGGAUCUGUCCCUUCAUAUUAUCGUGAAGUACAUCAAGCCAUCUGCUCCAGAACUGAUGAACGAGUUCCUAUCGGUGUAUUCCAGAGAGUUCUCAGCAGAACAUAUCUCUCCAGUACGGUUCAAAACCAGAUAACCGAGCAUGUAAACAGUGGUGAUGGAUUCCUUAGUAAAGUCUCGCUGUAUAAAGGCUUGGCUCUCAUUGCCCUUGCUCAACAAGGAAAACCACCAAGUCCCAAACUGCUGGAGAAUUUCAUACAAGAGUUCCCGAAGCCUCAGCUGGGAGAGCCAAAGGAGCUUCAGAGUCUGAAGAUUCAGCCGGUUGAGGAGAGUCCUUUGAACUUGUCUUUGACUCUGGCAGAGCUGUUAAAGAAGGACACCAUCAAAGUUGAUCUCAUCCCCGAGAAGAAGGGAUUGUUUCUUAAACACGUGGAGUAUCAGGUCACCAGUGAGCGUUUUACAGUAUCAGUUUAUCGGCGAUACAAUGAUUUUGAUGUUUUCCAUGAGCUUCUACUUCAGAAAUAUGCUUACAGAGUCGUGCCGGCACUUCCUCCUAAAAGGGUGCUGAAAGGAGUCCUGACCUCCAUGUCAGAGCGGCAGUUCAUUGAAGGGCGGAGACGAGCUCUUGGCAGGUUUCUGAAUCUUGUGGCACGACACCCUGUCUUUUCUGAGGAUGAGCUUGUGAAAACAUUCCUCACCUUCAGUGGCUCGGAUGUCCAAGCUAAGCUUAGAGAUGCUUGCAAAAAACUGGGUGAUGAGUUCAUGACAUGCAAAUAUGCAACGCAGGCCAAGGAAUACCUCCCAGCAGAUGUCCAAAGUCAAUUUUCAUCCAGCAGAGAGCUCAUCAGAAAUAUCCAUAACAGUUUUCAGAAGUUAAGGGACAGGGCGGAGAAGAUGGCCGAGCGCUCGAAGGAGAACGCCACGGAUCUGCUGAUGUUUGGGAAGGAGCUCAGUUCUUUGGGAUCAGAUGAGUCAUCUGUGCCUAUCCUGGCGUCCUGUAAGAGUCCUUGGGCUGCACUCAGACGCUCUGUCAAAGGGCUUUCUGUUGAGUUCUCACUUCUGUCUGAAAGAGCUGCCCAACAGGGCAGAAGAGAGGAGGAUGAUGUGGUAGAAAAACUAAAUCUGUUCUUGGACUUGCUGCAGUCGUACAGGGACUUGUGUGAAAGGCAUGAGAAAGGGGUCUUGCAUGAACACCAACGAGCACUGCAGAAGUACGGUGUAAUGAAAAGACAAAUGCUGAGUGCCACGGUGCAGCCUAAAGAACAGGUUUCUGUCGAACAGCUGGAGUCCCGUAUCGUCCAGCAAGAAAACGCCAUUCAGACCAUGGAGCUGCGCAACUACUUCUCCCUGUUCUGCCUGCACCAGGAGAGCCAGCUCAUAUUUACUUACCUGCCCAUUACGUCUCACAUCCUGGGGGCACUUGUAGACUCACAGGUGCUGGGACAUAAAGAGAUGGGUGAGGUGUGGCAAGAUCUUCAUUCCAAACUUAAAAGUCUUUUUGGGGACGGUAACGGACAGUCUCCGCCUCUCAGCCCAAAAUAAGCCUCCCUUCUGUGAUUUCAUGAACUCCAGGCCUGUUUCGAAUCGCAGGAUCUAAUCAGGAACUACAGACAAUCAGUAUGCUUUCUCGCAAAGAAUUAUGGGGAACUGGUUCUGUGUAAAUGUGUUAUGUGGCAGUUCUUAAAAUCUGUCAGUCUGAGUUGAAAAGGCAACUUGAUUUCCUACAGUUUGAACAAACUGACACCUAAAAUAAAGAGCUAAUGUUGUCGAGAAUAAUUUUAAGAAAUGCAACAAGAUGCUAUAACACUGUAUUGAUGUUUAAUCUACAUGUAUGCAAAGAUAAUGUUAUUGUUUUAAAACGUAAACUAAUCUGAAAAAGAAAUUUUAUAUUGUAAAAAGGGUUAACACAUGAAAGUUGACCUGUAUCUUCUAUUUUAGUGCAAUAAAAAGAAAUGAGCUAAGCUAAUAGCAAGUGAGCCGGAGCGGUGGUUAGUUGGAUACACUUCAUGGGAAAUAUGCAGAAAUGAUGUUAUUUGAUUCAAAGGCAUAUUAUUCUGCCAGUCUGAUUGUAUGUUAUCUAUUUUGUAUCUUCAGACUUGUACUUCUCGCAGCUUUGUUUUGUUGUCACAUUUCAUUUUUAUUUGUAAGUAAUAUUUACACUACCAUCCAAAAGUCUGGAGUUAGUAAGAUUUUAUUUUUGAAAAAAAAAAAAAUUAUUACUUUUAUUUAGCGUGAAAUUACUAAAAGUCAUGGUGAAGACAUUUAUAGUGUUAAGAAAGAUUUCUAUUUAAAGCUGUUCUUUUGUACUCAUCAUAUCUUGAUUUCCACAGAAAUAUUAAUCAGCACAGUCAUUUCCAACACUGACAAGAAAUGUCUCUUGAGCAGGAAAUCAGCAUAUUCUUGCUUCCUUGCUGAGCAUCACUGUGAGGCAUUCAAAUGACAGUAGUGUAUACAAGUGAACACUUUCAAACUAGUUGUCUUACUGAAGUAAUUAGUUAUUAGCUGCUCUGAAUGCCAAAAACUUGUUUUUAUUCAAUAAAUUAUUGUUCUGAGAUUUUUAGGUUGCUAUUAAACUAUCCUAUUAACUAUACUUCGAAAUAUGUCUGUAAAAAAAUGCUGUUGGUUGAUAAUGCAUGCAUUAUGCAUAAUUGCAUCUUAAUUGUUUAAUAUUUAGUAAAACACUUUAGCAGAGUUUAUUUUCAAUUGUCUUCCAAUGUUUGAUUUUAUGUUUUAACCAAGGAAAGCAUUAAAGAAAUGGAAACUUU